AUGUCGGGUAUCAACAGGAACAAUUUGAGCACGCCCUCUAGGCCGUUGUCGCGGGAGCAGUUCUUUAGUGUUAGGGAGAGGAUUGUGAAGGACACGCCGAAGCUGUACCAAGGCAGGAGUAUAGCGACCGAUGAGAAGAAAGAGAGGACGGAUGAGCGGGUGUUCACGCCUACUUCGAGUAUCAACAUAUUCAGCCAUAAGUCCCAGGAACCCAUACAGCAGACUGUUGAAAGACAGACGGUGCAAUCGCAUGAUCUGGGGUUCUUCGAGAAUCCUGUGCUUGAGAAGUUGGCCGAGCGAUCCGUAAACAAGAGUUUGGAAGUUCAAAAGAUUAUCAACAAUGUGCUGUUAUACUUACUGUGGAACUUAAUCACGAAAUUUAUUCUCCUGUACUUGGAUCAUACCUCUUCCGGACAGAAGGUACGAAAGAACUGGCUACAGACAGACCAGAUUUUGGCGCUAUUGCACAUGCCAAACAAUAAGGCCGCCGAGAAUGCCAUAGAUUUACUAUUCUCGGUUAGUUCCUUCAACAAAGCGUUCAGAGGUCUAGUGCUAUACAAUGUGCUAAUGUCAAUAUUUGCACUAGUUGGAAAGGUCAAGAUCAGUGACUUGAAAUUGAACCAGAGACAAAAAAACUUGCUUGGCUUUAUUGGCCAGGGUGAAACCUCAAACCUACGUAGGAUAGAGCCAUCUAAUUUGAUGCUAAAACAAAAUUCGAAAAAGACUACCGAAAACACAAAAGAUCAAAGCGUAUCUUCUGGAAUAAAUAAAAAAAAUACAGAGUCUCAAGUGUCAGCACCACCAUAUGCGUUUAGAUCGAUCCAAACUCCAAUGAAAAAGAAAAUGGAAGAAGAAAGAAACUCUAACAUGAACAGUGUAAGCAAUAAUGUUAAUCCACUAGUGAGGUCUAACAUUUUUAAUAAUAACGCAUCUACCGGUAAUAACCGAUCUGUCAACUUUGCAGAACUUCAUCAUUCUGAUAUUGUUAGAAGGAAUUCGACAAUUACUACCCUGAACGACACAUCUGCGGGCUAUAUCCCAAGUAGUAAAUACACGUAUAUGAUGGAUACACCAAGUCCCAGGAAAAGCUUUAAGUAG